UGCAAACCAGUAGAUUCCAUAGCAGAGCUUAUUCACAGAGAUCUUCUCAAUCAUGUCGUGUUUCAUGAGAACAUCAAUGAUAACAGCUUUUUUGAUCUUAAUAACUGCAGACUUAAUUGAGACAUCUGGAUUACCCAAAUUCAUAACAGAGCAUCAACGUUUCAGAUACCAAGUUUCUCAGCAUAAGUGUCCUCCAGGUACAUACAAGGUUUCAUCGUCAUCAUAUUCAAGCAAUGACCAGACACAAUGUGCUCCCUGUGAGGAAGGAACAUACACUGAGAAAGAGAAUUCUCUCAAAGAAUGUCGCAAGUGUUACGGGCCUUGUACAGGUAACAGUAUUGAGACUGUUCAGUGCACUCCUACAACAAACCGCAAAUGUGAAUGUGAUUUCCAUUAUUACUGUGUUACUGAUGACCCAGCCAAAUGUGAACAUUGUAAGGAGUGUGGUGAUAAGAAGCCAAUGCUAUCAGAUAAAGAAGAUUAUUACAAACAGGCAUGCCAACCUUGUCCUCCAGGAACAUUUCUGAAUACCACGCCAAAACUGAAAUGUCAGCCUCACACCAAUUGUACAGACUUGGGAAAAAUCCUUCACACUAAAGGUAACAGCACAGCUGACAACUCCUGCGAUGAAUCACUAUCAACAGGAGAAGGAAAUGUUUCCUGCAUCACUAAAAAUGAUAAGAAUUGCGAAUGUCCCCUCGGUUAUUACUGCGAAGUAUGCGGAGAUGGGAAAAAUCUUCCCUUAGAUAAGCAACACCACCAGAAGGAGAUGUGCCAGCCUUGUCCUCCAGGAAGCUUUCGGAAUAUCACACAAAGACUGAAAUGUCAGCCUCAUACCAAUUGCUCAUUGUUGGGGAAGAUGCUGUACAGUGAAGGUAACAGUACUGUUGAUAACUAUUGUAUCAAUCUACAUCUCCCAGUGAAGAAUCCAACGUGGAAAGAAAGAAAAUCUUUCACUUCUUUCAUGGUUUGGAUUGUGGUUCCUUUGGCCAUUCUUUGUGUCAUCAUAACAAUGAGAACUUCACUGUGCAAGGUAUCAAAGAAGCAAGGAAUUGGAAUGCUGGUGAAAUUGAAGUUUAUUUGCAUCUGUGGCGUCAAAAGCGAUAUUUACAAAGGGAGCAGGGACGAAGCAGAAAUAAAUGCAGGAGCUGUGCCAGAAGCUGAGGAGCAGUGUUUGAAUGGCCUUAACUCUGAUUCAAAACCUGCAACAGCAAUGAUGCCAUUGAUAAGCAACAAAACAAACGAAGCUCCGAUGUACAAAUCUGACAUUCUCGACAUUGAGACAGUGUCAGUUGUGGUUCACCCUAAAGACAGUACAGAGGACAAUAUUCCAUUUCCAGUCCAAGAAAACGGGAGAAACUCAAACACCUACUAUCCCAUAGAGGAGCAGAACCAGAAGCAAUACAGUGAGCCUGUAACAAUGGGAAGCAAAAACAGCACACAAACAAGGGAAUACUUUAAAAACAAUAAAUAGUGACUGCGUCGCAUUUCUGUUUAAACUCAGCUUCCUGCGGAACACUCAGAUUGAUAUUAUCAAUAGAAGGUGGUUUUUCAAGGUACACAUGCCAUGCAGUUGUUGGUCUGGUUGAUGUCUUUAUCACCAGAAAUCUGUUCAGCAUGAAGCAAGGAGAUGUGUUUGUGGAGUGUUUGGGACCGUAACUCUUUUCUUGGAAUUUGAUUAUGUGAAAACAACUAAAUCAAUGUGAACACUUGACUUUGAUACACACAAGAGUAUUUUAACUUAGCAGAGAUCCAUCCUUAAGUCCUUAGGUAAAUCAUCCACUCCAAAUCUGGAUCGAUGCUAGACAGGUGAAAUCUCCUUUAAUUGUGGGUUUGCAAAACAGACCAGACAUGAAGGUAAACUUCCAAAGAUCUCAAGUUUUAGUUUUAAACAGUUCACAGAAUCCCUACAGAAUGGAAGCUGGUCUUUCAGCACAUUGAGUCUACAUCUAUUAGGUUUCCUUUGAUCAGCAGAAUUUCUUUUCAACAAAACAAUUUUUAAACGUUCCUCUUUGAAAGAAAUGGGGUUUAUGGAAAUAAAAACUAGAUUUAGCCAAUUAAACUAGACAAAUCCCUUCUCCCCACAUUUUUGUACACUGAAACAGUGCUGCACUGCUGGGGAUUCUAAGUCCACAACACAUUAAAGUGAGAAUUAUUGCUGGUGGUUCAGCAAUAAUUGGUAAAUAGUAAAGAUCCCAUUUUAAGAGAAGAUAGAAAAUUCCCCUAGUGUGUUUAGUGUAAGGUCUAAACUGGUGCAGUGCUGAGAGAGUUUUACUCUGUCACAAGUGGAUAUGAUUAUAAACUGAGCCUCUGUUUGCCUCCUUAGCUGGGGGUAUAAGACUCCACAUUGACUUGGAUCCCAUUUACCGCAUCCUGAGAAAAAGAACAGGAAAUGACAUCACUAUAGGAAAUGA